AUGCUCAAACAAAUUCGUCACAUUUCGGAAGGAAACUUCUAUGGCCUACACGUUACCAACAAGGCCCGAAAGCUCAGCUUGGAUAAAGAGAUACGAACCCUUGAGGCCUGUAAAGAUGUCCAAUCACAUGUUUACCGAAAAGAAGAGAGGGAGUUACUAAGUACACUGAAAAGAUUGCAGCAUACAAAGCAAGAUCACUUUGAAGAUAUUGGACAUCACGAAAACCAAGGGCGCUCUGCUUUUCAUCCCGAAAGGUGCCCAAGUUUUUAUGAAAAUCAACAUGCAAGUGACGGGCAACGGCAUUCACGGCAUUCACGGCAUUCACGAAAACCGACUGAAUAUCACGACAGAAAACUUCAGGAAAAAAUCAAAUCAGAAAUCAGUGACAAGAAGACUUCAGUGAAAGUGUGUGCAGGCCCUUCUGAUGCCUCUGUUAUCAUAUCACUUUCACCGAUGGCAAGUUCAACCAACACUCCAAAACAACUUACGACAAUAGCCUUACCUUCCGUACCAAAACCGACCAAAAGAGAUGGUGGCUCAGAAAUUCACAGGACACAGGCGUUUAUGUCCUGUGUUAUUUGCAACUUGCCACGAAAUGCUCAGGGGAGAGAAUACAAACAUACCUGCACAUGCCAUGAAGAUUCUUCUAAACAUCCUCACCACCAUCACAACCGCAGAGAAGAUUUACAGAAACGCAGAAAGGAUCACGAAGAUUCGCACUGUUUUGGAGGAGGGCGAAGGAGAAGCUUAGAGGUUGAGGAAAAUCCACCUCGCUUCGAGUGGACACAAGGGUUCACAAACACCAACAUCCAUCAAAAGAACCAAGGAAGAAGUAGAGCUUCCAGCAUCGAGGACGAUAAAAAAAGCCACUCACCAAGAGGUGUUGACGCUUACACAGCGCAUGCACCAGGUGUAGGCGCCCACAAAUGGGACUUUGGCGCUGAUCUGGGUAUAGCUGCUGCAAAUUAUCACAAACGUGAUAGGGGAAAACAAAGUGGAUUCCUGGCAUCAAGAAGUAGGAAGAAUAGCCUUGAAGAGGGAAGAAGCCGUAGGAACAGUUGUUCAGAUCGUCGAAGCAGAAGAAGCAGUUUUGGAGAACAAGACACAAUAAUAUGCAACAGAUCAAAACAGGAAGAACUACGUGAUCUCUAUCACAGAUUGGAUAGAAUAUUUCCAGUCCACGACAGAUAUGAGUACCAUGAUGAAGACAGUAAUUGGUACCAUAGGUACACACAUUUACCUGAAAAUCUUCCUCAUACUACCCAUUCACCUUUGUUUACGCCACACUCAGCCGCUGCUUCAAAUGAGGGAGCUACACACCAAAAUCCCGCCUUCAAUGGGCUGCUACAUCCAGACAAUAUCGUUAACCAUCAUCACUUUCUUCCUCAUGAAGCUAACAAGCAAGAGAAGCCUGCAAGGUCUAGUCAGCAUGCCCCCCAUCACGUCCACGGAUAUCGUGUCCAUGGGAUUGAUCGCAAUAGCAAUCGACAGGAAGUAAGUCGUCAGGUCAUAUCAGGCAUGAAAUUUGUUUGUUCUGCCCUUGCAAUAACUGAAUUAAACAGCUUUAACAAAAUUAGAUUUUUAACGGAAGAAGAAGUACUAUCAGCUAACCUCUCGCAAUACACUGAGAUGGUUAUAAAAUUGAAAAUUAAAUAACAUUACGAAGGUUCGCUAUAAAUAGAUUGGAGUCAAAUAACACAAGACUACUUGUCCAGUUUUCAAUUGAACUCGGUGAUAUAACGAGUGCACGGCCAAGCCUACCACUCAAAACCUGUGCCCUAAUGGUAAGUUAUUCCCUGGCGACCACUGUAAAGCUCACGACAUAAAGUCAUACUUUAACUGGCAUUUCAUUCUUCGCUAUUUUUUGCAGUACUGCGUAACCCAGGGUGCAACUUCUCAUAUUGCUGCUGCCUUUGAUCGCAACCAUGAUCAAGACAGUGGCAUUCAAUCAAUGCUGAUGAAAUUAAAGCAGCUUCUCAAUGUGUAUCAACAAAUGGACCAUAAAGCUCCAAGAUAUCCCUGGCCUAGUCCUCCUGAAAUCAAAUUCACAAACGAAGAAUUUAGAAAGCUGCGAAACUGCAGGUAUUUGCGGCUAACGAAAAGUAAUAUUGAGAGUUUGAAGCUAUUAGAGGAUAAACUGAAGGAACGUAAUGGGCAAAAACUUCAUAGACCUGUGGACUGA